AUGCCGUCUCAAGAUUUAAACCUUGAUAGUUGUAAAGUUUCUCUUUACGCACAUGUUUAUGACAAACAUGUCGAAUUCAAGAAUUUGGAUGGGUCUACAGACUUGGCACUAGACAAAUACACAUUCUAUAACGGUUGUGUCAUAAUUGAAUUUAGAGAUCAUCGAGAACUUCCAAAAUGUGAUGGUCAAAGGGCAGUUUUGAAAACUAAUCAGGCAUCAAUAUGGGAUGACAUCUUACGACUUAAUAAGAACACAGGGUCUAAUUGGACAUAUGAGGAAGCCAUUCAAAUAGAAGCAAAGUUGCUCCUUGAGUUGCAUCCGACGCUUGAUUUGGAUCCCAAUUCAUUAUUGCAAGGGAUGAAACUCUUUGAUCCGACAGCAAAGCAAUAUGAGCAACCA